UUCAACACAUAUUCCUCCCUACGCGCUUAUAAUAUUUGCUUAUUCUAAAUAUAUACCGCCACUCAACCUACACUCCAAAACCAACCCUUUCUUUCUCUUCCCCCCAAUUAAUUCAAUUCACCCUUUCUUUGCUGUUGUGUUUUAGGAGGCUAGGAAAAUGGGAGGUGUAGUGGGAAAGUCUGAAUCACCUGAAACAAAACUAGAAGCUAAAAUGGUUGAAGCUAUGCAGCACAGAGCUUCUAAAGGAACUACUAUCAAGUCCUUCAACAGCAUCAUCUUAAAAUUCCCUAAAAUUGAUCACACCUUAAGGAAGUGCAAAGCUAUUUUUGAGCAGUUUGAUGAGGACUCAAAUGGUGCCAUUGAUCAUGAAGAGUUGAAAAAGUGUUUGCACAAGCUUCAAGUUUGUUUCACAGAGGAGGAGAUAGAGGAUUUGUUUAAGGCAUGUGAUAUGAAUGAGGAUAUGGGAAUCAAAUUCAAUGAGUUCGUAGUCCUUCUUUGCCUUGUCUAUCUUCUCAAGGACAAUGCUACUGAAUUCGAAGCCAAAUCGAGAAUGGGGGUACCAAACUUGGAGGCCACGUUUGAAACAUUGGUGGAUGCAUUUGUGCUGUUGGAUAAGAACAAGGAUGGUUAUGUUAGCAAGACUGAGAUGGUUCAAGCUAUCAAUGAAUCUGGGGAGCGUUCCUCUGGACCAAUAGCCACCAAAAGAUUUGAAGAGAUGGACUGGGAUAAAAAUGGAUCCGUGAGUUUCAAGGAAUUUCUCUUUGCAUUUACAACUUGGAUUGGAAUUGAGGAGGUCGGAGACAACGAUGAACACCACUAAAAACGACAACAGCAAGCAGAAGCCACUCUCAAUCAAAUUUUAUCACAAUACCAGUUUCAAGUCCAAUCCAGUGUUUGUUCCUUUCUUUUUGAUAUAUAUAUAUAUAUAUAUAUAUAUAUAUAUAUUUCCUCACCUUUGCAACAACAAUAAUAAAAUAGAUUUUGAACCAA